ACUAUAUUAACAUAAAUAUCUACCAUGCUACUAAACAUAAUUAAACGUGCUUUUAAUGGUCCAUUAACACCGCGCACUAAACUGGCGCUUGUUGUGCGUGGUGACAUCAAGAUGUCCAAAGGAAAAACAGCAGCACAGUGUGCACAUGCAGCAAUAAUGUGUUAUCAAGAAGCACAAAACAAUAACGCAAAACAGCAAUUGUUGAAUGCUUGGACAUAUACCGGUCAACCCAAAAUUGUGUUACGUAUUAAUUCCUAUGAAGACAUUAUUGCAUUGCAAAAGCAGGCAGCGAACAUCAAUGUUGUAGCCGCUGUAGUAAAAGAUGCAGGACAUACAGAAUUAGCACCAGGUACUCCAACUGUACUAGGCGUGGGGCCAGACACAGUUGAACGAAUAGAUAAAUUAGUAGCUCAUCUGAAACUAUUAUAGCAUAUUUAUUAUGUAACAAUAUGAUUAAAACAUUUAUAAUGUCA